CUGAGUAACAGAAGCCCCCACAAGCCAACAGAUGUAUUUAAUACACAGGCAGAACCAGUUAGGCUGAAUUUGUUUUAAGAAGCCUCUUUGCAGACCUGUUUCUUCUUAUACCAAAGAAAUGCAGAACUGCAGAUAUAGGCUUUUGUCUUGAAGCCAUUGAUGGAGGAAAAUUGUUUAAUCAUCUUUUUUUUCCCUUGGACACUCUCGUGUCAGUAUUAGCAUUUGCAAUUUUAUGGAUCAGUAAUUUGGAAGGAGAAUGCACACUAAAAAAAAGGAUGCUGAAUUGCUGCAUACACCAGAAAACUUUGUGGAGGGAUGCCUGUCCACAGCUGUGACCUGCUUCAAGAAUGGCAUCCUGAAAUUACAACCAGCAAGCAACCAAGAUAAUGGGGAGUUCACCAAAGCCAUUAGAACCGUGCAGAACUUUACCUACAGAAACUCUGGAAAGAACUGUGAGUUGUAUGAGAAGACAUGUGAAUCUUAUGAGAAGAAAACCCCCAAAGAAUUUUUGAAGGGCUUUGAAAAUCUUAUGCAAAUGCUAUACAAGAACGAAUGUAGGACACACCAGAGCUGAAGGCUACUGAAAAUCUAUUUUUUAAAGCAGACACUAUGUUAUGUUUAAGAUGUGAAAAAUGUAAAUACUUCCUAGUGCUAUUAUGUGUUCUCUGUGUGUGGUAAGUGAAAACUUUCCCCAAAAUAUUAAGGUGUCUUAUUUGGAUAAGUAUUUGUAAGAUGGAUCCUAUUUUGCAAGUGAUUCUAGCCCCACCUUACAGGGAAAAUUAAAUUCUAAUUUCACAAAAAACAGCUCUUGUAAGGGACUUAACUGUCCCCCUUCUGCUAAACUAGAAAUACAAGAGAUGGUUACUUUCGUACUUUUGCUUUGAUCUUAACUGAAUCCCAUGCAGAAAUUUCUACAACUUUUCAAAGAAAAUUAACAGAAAAAUUUCAGGGGUUUUGAAGCCUCAAAGGAAUCUGCUUGGACUGAUUUCCUUAUUUACAAUAAUACCACACACAGAGCUUUAUUUAUAAAUUCUUAGACUGCGUGUUAGCUAACUAUGGAAAAAUGUCCUGCAUUUAACUGCCUUCUCAAUACUGGAAAAAACAUUUACAAAUCAUACUGUAUGGCUGUGAUUAACAUCUUGAAGCUAAUGGCACAUUUGCCACAGGAUUCAAUAGGGAAGAGAUGUAACCCACAUGCUCUAAGUGGAGAUACAGGAUUCUGAGGGAGAAUCCUGUUUCGGAAAAUGGAAUUUCAUCAACACUGCCCCAGCUUAACAUGACAGAUACAGCAAAGGCAUGAGAGGCUGGUACAACCAGCCACUGCAAAAUGUCCAAUAAAUACAGCAAUUGAUGAUUAGUCAGAGUGAAACAGCUCCAAUGCAUACUGCUCUUUCUCAGAGGACAACAUCUACCCUCAUAUUAAUGUACCAUUAACUCUAUUCCUUCUCUCUCCUCCUGAUAAAUUUUUACAGUUUGUUAUUUGACAUUUUUUCUUUAAAAAUCUGUCAAGUUUUUGUUCUAUGGAAACCUUACUGUACAGCUCCUGAAUACUGAACAUUUAUGUGGAAUUAUGGCCAGAGAUACCAUUGAAAUUUUUAAAAAUGAAAGCGAGUAUCACUUAAAACUAGUUUUGGCAGCUUUAUUAUAUUCUGCUUGCAAGGAUUCUGAACUUCUGGGUUCUUCCAUUUGGGUUAAUUUGCCCAAACAGAUAUUAACCCCACAGGAGGAAACUGAUAUUGGAAAAGAGCAUAAAGCCUUCCAGUAAAAAUUAACAUUUUGUCUAAUUUUCUCUCUACUUAGUAGAAAUGUGGUAGAGAGAGGAAACUGGAAAACUGCAUCUAGUGUUAGGAUGGAAAAUUAUAAGCUUAGUUACCUCUAAAAAUAAUGAGGUAGUAUUAAAAAUAUUUCCAUUCCUACCAAUGUCGUUGGCCUAAAGGAAAACUAAUACAAAAAAGCUUUGCUGCCUCCACAUUUUCACUGUCCUGAAAUGUGAACCUACUCAAAAAUGUACAUCAGAAAGAGGAAGGAAGAUCCUCAGGGCACAGCAAACCAAGUGAACUCUCCUUGUUUCUGGUGAUGGUCAUUUUGAUUUAGAACAUAUUUUUCUUCUCCUUUCCUUUUUCUGUUUCAAAACUUGCUUUUCCUUUGUGUGAUGUUCUCAUACCUCAAUGUUUCCACAUUACUGUGUCAGAAUUAACAUUCUAAAAAAUAUCUACUACUCAUAUGUAAGUAACCAAAGUACUGAGUUUAAAUUAUGUUCUUUCUGCACCUUCUAUCCCUGUUUUUCUGACUCACCUACCCAUGAAGCCCCUUCAUCACCAAUCGGUGAGCACUAUGCAAAGCUGCUACUGCAAGAGAUUUUAAAGUCUGGGUAAAAUUCCAUCGCAGAUUUGAAUACAAGCAACUGCAAAAACAUUGAAGCAUGUCCUGCAGUUACAGCGUACCUGCUGAUAUUUCUACAUUUGUGUUUUUAUGGAGGGGUUUUAAUUGAAUGCCUUUAUUAUUAAGUGCAUUUUUAUGUGAGUCCUAGGAGGACAACCAAUAAACCAGCAUUUCUCAUGCAGCUCCAUGGAAUAUUUGCAUGUGUAGGUUUGUGGAGAAAGAGUUUUAUUUUUGUACAAAGUAUGUGUUUCUUUAUCUGUAAAUGUUUUUUCCAGGAACUUGCCAAGUGCAUUGAAAUCACUGUUCUAAAAGAGCCUGUUAAAACCCUUGUUGUGCACACGAAAUGGGAUUAGCAUGCCCUGACAAACACAACAUUGUGUAUUACAUAUUUAUUAGCAAUCAUUACAAAGCAUUGAGAAACAACUUGUGUACCUGGGAUGGACAUUUAAUGAAUGAGAAGCAAUUCCCUAGGAAUGUCAUAAGCUAACUAGGUACUCCUGCCUACACUGCAGCAAUGCCUGGGUUUUGUCCAAGAGGCAGCACGUAAUGCAUAAGCAAUGCACCUACUUCUGCUUAGUGACUUGCUUCAUCGUUUUUAACUAUGGAUUUUAUCACACCAAACAUAGUGCUAAAGCUUAUUUUUUUCUUGUUUUAAACACAAUAUAGUUGUUUAUUAAUUGAGGUUAUUUCUUGUACCUGCAGAACAAGUUAAUUUAAAAUGCUCACUUGUAGUAUUCAAAAAACUAGUGAGAAACUGCAGCAAAUGUAACUUUAGAGGAUUAAUUGCUGAGAGAUCUUGCUGAAAACUGAAAUUAUUGGACAAGCCAGUCCAGCUACAUAUGGAGAAUAUUAAUCACAAAAUUACAACAGGUGAUUUUGGCCAACAUCACACCCCUGGGCAGUGUCAGCACAAUCAUUGUGGGCAACUCUGUGCACUUCAAAUAUGCACUGAUUUACAAGAUGUGAGGACUUGAGUUCACUCUUUGAUUUGUCAAGAGUGAUCAAAGACUGAGUGUAUUAUUCAGGGUGUGCUAUUUGAAGAAUAGGAUGAAUGAAGAACAGUGUUCAAGAAGACAUCAUCUUGUUCUGCAACAGUGUUCUCAGAAGGAAAAAUGAAGAUGCUCCAGGAGGAACUUGUGACUUUAGACCAGACACCACAAAUCUAAAUGUGUACACCCUCUUGACUUUUUUUCUUUUCAUGAGAUGAACUCUCUUUGUACUAAGUGCACUCUGCAGAAACAAUGUGUGUUUCAUUUACAGAGUACAUAAUGUAAGCCAUACAAGCUCAUUACCUCCCAGGGAGGCUUUACAAUAUAUUUAUGAUUUUGAUCAUAAGUGCCCUUUGUAGGCACUUCGA